AGUCCGCCGUCGGAGGCUGGAGCCGCCUGAUGUCGGAAGUUCGGGAACAAAUAGACCUCUCAAAACAAGUUAUUUAGUCAGUUUCUUGCAAUGUAUCGUUGUUCUCCCCUUUUCUGAGAUUGUAUAUGGGAUACGAUACGCACAAAUCUACUGUAAUAGCCGCCGUGUAAUUGCUUUCGGAUUUGACAGAAAUCGGAAAUAACCCCGCAUUACGCUAGCAGUAGAACUGAACACCCGGAGUAACCCGAGCACCUCUGUAUUGUGCUAAGGUUUGCUAGCUUUGCGGAGACCCGAAAUAAUCAAGUGAAACCAUGGGGAACCGGGGGAUGGAGGAAUUGAUCCCCCUGAUCAACCAACUUCAGGAUGCCUUCAGCCAAAUUGGACAGAGUUGCAACUUGGAUUUGCCCCAGAUAGCCGUGGUCGGUGGACAGAGCGCUGGGAAAAGCUCCGUUUUGGAAAACUUCGUUGGGAGGGACUUCCUUCCCCGAGGGUCGGGCAUCGUCACACGUCGUCCUCUGGUGCUGCAGCUGGUGAAUAACAAAGCGGAAUAUGCAGAGUUCUUGCACUGUAAGGGAAAGAAGUUUGUGGAUUUCGAUGAGGUGCGUCAGGAGAUUGAGAAUGAGACGGAUCGCAUCACCGGGGGCAACAAGGGCAUCUCCCCCAUCCCCAUCAACCUCAAAGUCUACUCACCCAAUGUGCUUAACCUGACGCUGAUCGACCUGCCGGGUAUGACCAAGGUUGCCGUGGGAGACCAGCCGGUGGACAUAGAGUUCCAGAUCCGGGACAUGUUGAUGCAGUUCAUCACCAAGGAGAGCUGUCUCAUCCUGGCCGUCACCCCCGCCAACACCGACCUCGCCAACUCAGACGCACUCAAGAUCGCCAAGGAGGUCGACCCUCAGGGGCUCCGCACUAUUGGCGUCAUGACCAAAUUGGACCUGAUGGAUGAAGGCACUGAUGCACGAGAUAUCCUUGAAAACAAACUGCUCCCCCUGCGCAGAGGCUACAUUGGAGUGGUGAACCGCAGUCAGAAGGACAUAGAUGGGCGUAAGGACAUCCGAGCUGCCCAGGCAGCUGAGAGGAAGUUCUUCCUGUCCCACCCCAGCUACAGGCACAUGGCCGAGCGCAUGGGCACGCCCCACCUGCAGAAGACCCUCAACCAGCAACUGACCAACCACAUCCGGGACACGCUGCCAGGGCUGCGCAGCAAACUGCAGUCCCAGCUGCUCUCGCUGGAGAAGGAGGUGGAGGAGUACAAGAACUUCAGGCCCGACGACCCCACCCGCAAGACCAAGGCUCUCCUACAGAUGGUGCAGCAGUUUGGCGUGGACUUUGAGAAGCGCAUCGAGGGCUCCGGAGACCAGGUGGACACCAAGGAGCUGUCAGGCGGAGCCAAGAUCAACCGCAUCUUCCACGAGCGCUUCCCCUUUGAGCUGGUCAAGAUUGUGUUCGAUGAGAAGGAGCUGAGGAAAGAGAUCAGUCACGCCAUCAAGAACGUCCACGGUGUCAGAACGGGCCUGUUCACGCCAGACCUGGCGUUUGAAGCCAUCGUGAAAAAGCAGAUCGUUAAGGUGAAAGAGCCCUGUAUCAAAUGUAUCGAUCUGGUCAUUCAGGAGCUCAUCAACACGGUCAGGGGUUGCACCAGCAAGCUGGGCUCCUACCCCCGCCUGAGGGAGGAGACGGAGAGGAUCGUAUCCACCCACGUCAGGGAGAGGGAGGGCAGGACCAAGGACCAGGUUCUUCUGCUGAUUGACAUUGAGCUGUCGUACAUCAACACCAACCAUGAGGACUUCAUCGGAUUUGCCAACCUUGACUUCCGAAGGCUGGACGAUGGUGGUUCACCAGGGUUCGCCAACAACAGUGCACAGCAGAGGAACACCCAUGCCAACAAGAAAAGGGCCAUCCCCAACCAGCUAGGGGGCCUCGUUGAGGGCGAGAUGGUGGAAAAGGUGAUCCGGAAAGGCUGGCUCACCAUCAACAUCAGCAUCAUGAAGGGAGGCUCUAAGGAGUACUGGUUCAUCCUCACCGCAGAGUCGCUGUCCUGGUACAAGGAUGAGGAGGAGAAGGAGAAGAAGUACAUGCUGCCCCUGGAUAACCUGAAGAUCCGGGACGUAGAGAAAGGGUUCAUGUCCACCAAGCACAUUUUCGCCAUCUUCAACACUGAGCAAAGGAACGUCUAUAAGGACCUGCGUCAGAUUGAGCUGGCGUGUGACUCGCAGGACGACGUGGACAGCUGGAAGGCCUCCUUCCUCAGGGCCGGAGUCUAUCCAGAGAAGGACCAGGUGGACCAGGAGGAUUCGGGCCCUCAGGAGAGCUUCUCCAUGGAUCCCCAGCUGGAGCGGCAGGUGGAGACCAUCAGGAACCUGGUGGACUCCUACAUCGGCAUCGUCAACAAGACCGUCCGAGACCUCAUCCCCAAAUCCAUCAUGCACCUCAUGAUAAACAGCACCAAGGAGUUCAUCCACUGCGAGCUGCUGUCCUACCUGUACAGCUCAGGGGACCAGAACAGUCUGAUGGAGGAGUCAGCUGACCAGGCGCAGCGCCGUGACGAGAUGCUGCGCAUGUACCACGCCCUGAAGGAGGCGCUCAGGAUCAUCGGAGACAUCAGCACCACCACCAUCACCGUGCCCGUACCACCGCCUGUGGACAGCACCUGGAUCGCACCAGCGCCCGCAUCUCAGCCCAAGCCCCAGGCCCCGGCACCUUCUCACCCCAGCCGGCCCCCACCGGUCCGGGGCCCGACCCCCGGCCCCCCUCCCCUGAUGCCCACUCCGGCGGCGCCCCCCAUCCCCUCUCGCCCUGGGCCCCCCAUCAACGCCUACAACAACAGCGCCCAGGACCCCUUCAGCGCGCCACCCCAGAUUCCCUCGCGGCCUGCCCGCGUGCCCCCUGGCGUCCCCAGCCGAAGACCCCCGAGCGCUCCCCACCGGCCCACCAUUAUCCGCCCGGCGGAGCCGUCCCUGCUUGACUAGGCCCGAGCCUGGAGCAGGCCUUUGGGGACUGGGGGAGGAGAGGGGAAGGGGUGUGGUGCCCCGAGCCUGGAGCUGUGUGGCUGAGCUCAAGAGAGGGAGGGAGGAGGGAGGGAGGGAGAGGGGGCCAUCAGCAUCCAACAAAAGCAAUGCAUGUGGAUUUGUUUUCCUUUGCCUUUCUUUGCCUUUUUUAAUUUCUCCUUGAUGCAUCCAUCCUUACCAGUAGGACCUAGUAUAGUUAUCCACUCUGGCUCAAAGGAAAAGAACGAUCUGUCCUCUCAGUAUGGGGCAGCUGCAGAUGUUGAUCAUUGCAUUGCAUUAAAUUCAGGGUGAUGGGAGAAUCUAACCAUAAGUUAAGAGCGUUAAGACAUCACGGGGCCUGUGUGAAUGACGGCUAGCUUUGAUUAAUCAAGAGUAACAAGCUGAUGUGGUUUUGAUGCCGAAGAAUGCUGUGGAGACUCCUUAUGUUUUUUUGUUGUUGUUUUUUUACCACAUCCCUCGGGUGGAUCUUUGGCUUUUUUUUAUUCCGUGUAAUAUGCUUUGAUGGCUGCAAGCCACUAGGGGGCACUAUGUGUGAGCCCUCUGAGCUGGAAGUGUGGCUCUUUGAAAUGGUGAUGGGGGAAACUCUGCUGGUUUUUAGAUGCUCUUAACGCUGCUGGGCUGCCCCCAACCCUCCCUCCUUCCCCCAUGUAGCGAUCUCUCUGCUCUGUAAGAUUACACCACCCCCUACACCAUCAGCCUCAGCCCCAGAGCCAAACCUGCAGACCUCAUCAUCCGCCGUGUCGUGUGUCAUGUUAUGUACAGACCCAUCCUGUGGUUCCAUCCUUAGAGGUUUUCUAUCAUCCGAGUGCACACUGAAAGUAGGCGACCAUUGCUGUUCGUUGUUGUUGCUGAUGUGUUAGGAAUGGCUUUUUAGGAGUCUGCUUCCAGCACUAGGGAGUCAUAAUAACUUUGUUGUAAAAUAACUUUGACAACGACCAACACUUUACACACUGCCUCAGCGACCGACCGCCAUUCUGCAGUCAUGUAACUUUGGGCAACACUUCGACUUCAUAAUAACGCCAUUUAGAUUUUAUUUUGUGAAUUACACAACUGAGAUCUGGUGUCACUGUCCACUUGAAGAUGUGGGGAACUAUGUACAUUAUUAGUUAACCUGCUAAAACAAAAAUGAUUGUUAUUGCUCUUGUUAUAAAUAUCAUAGAAUGAUUUAUAAUGUAAUGCGUUUGUUUAUUACGUCCAAAAAGAUUUUUCAUUUUAAGCCUUCGUUUUAAGUUUUCCUGUGUUAAAGGGGAUAAAUUAAUUAAUAUUUAAUAAUAUUGUUAUUACAUAUACAAUUAUCGAUCCGGAAACCAAUGACACUGUAAAUAACGCCGUACUGAAGAAGCUUAAAAACACAGUUUGGAUUUUUUUGUUCUCAUUAAUCAGUGCUUUUUAAGUUCAUCGUUAUUGAAAACGCCAUCUACAGUCCCAUUAUUUAGAUAUUUUCCUGGAGUUCAAGUUUCAAUUGAGCUCUGAAUACUGAAGCAGUACGGCACAUUAGUAACUAUAGUAACAGUAACUAUGGCACAUAGAAUACAAUGAGCACUUCCAUAGGCCUAGAACAUGCAGGUGUGAUUGUGAGAGUGAAAGGUGUGUGAGAGAGUGCAUGCAUGCGUGUGUGUGUGCGUGUUUACUGUCUUGAACAUUGACAUGGGGGUUGAUAAUACCUGCGCUCUUAUGUUGUCAAUUACAAUUGGUGUACCAGCUAGAAACUGUGACCCUUCCAACUUGACAACUCAAAACUUGAGCUCGGCCUCAUCUAGUCUUGCAUGUGUCCAAGACAACCUCAACCUUAACGUUAGGCCUCCAGGGAUCUGGUUUCAAGGGAAAUGUACAUACACUGCCAGAACACAUAGCGAGGACCACUAAAAGCAGUUUCACCAAGACCCCGACAUAAGGCAAAGAAUGGAGAAAAGUGGUCAUGAGGUGUCUUUUUUUAUUCUCCUCUACUCGUAUUGUAGUUCUGAUGCCCAUAUUUUUUUGUUUUCCAAUCAUCACACGUUGUACAGUGAAGAGAGGAGAAUGGUCAUCUUCCGAGCCGGGUAUCGGGCCACGUAGGCCGCUCGGCAGAUCAGAUGCGUCAGGGGAAGUACCCUGCCUGGCUCCCCUUCAUCUGCUCUAAUAAUAUAGGUGUGAUUAUUACUAAUAGUAGUAACACUAACAACUGUAAACGGGGCGAUAGGGAAUGGGGAAAGAAGAAAUUUCAGAUUGCAAUGUGGAAAUGUUUUUAUUUAUACCCAGGGCAUUUGAGAUCAUGUUUUAGAUUUAGUCAAAUUAAUUGUUUGAAUUGAUUAUUGGCGUUUCCCCCCUAUGAAAGGGUGAAGUGGCUAUGUUUUUUCCCCCUUAGAAUGCCACCAUGGAAUCUCUCCAGAAUUCUGUUUGGUGUGCCAUCUUGGGCGUAACGAUUUGCUCUUACACAGAGUUUUCUCUUACUUGAUGUGGAGAACUGUGGGCAGAGGAAGCCUUGAUUGAUUGAUUGAUUGAUUGAUUGAUUGAUUGAUUGAUUGAUUGAUCUAUCUAUCUGAAUGACUCUGUUUUUGUUGUCUUUAAUAAAUAUAUAUUGACAUUGCGUUAUAUUGUGGUGGCUGAUUUGGAGCUGAUGACUGGAGGGAGCGUAAUGAGAGAGCUGAUUAAUGAAAUUGAAUUGAUGCAUCUCCCCCUCUCACCCCUAAGGCCCUUAUGGCGCUGGCAGUUCAACUGUUUUCUCACGGUGCCUCUGGGAGAGGAAAACCUUUGCAAUGAAUCUAUUCAUGCUUCUUCAUGAUCUAUUCAUGAUGAUUUUUUUUUUGUUUGGUGUCGUUUGCUUUGUUGUUUUGUUUUGUUUUUUUUUCAUCCUCUCCGAAUAAGUCUGUCUGUACAUAUGAUCCCCAUGCUGACUUAACCGACUGCCUCAUCACAGAAACCAUAAACGCCCACGCAUGACUCACCCGAGUCGCGUUGCGUCGGUGCUAAAAGAGGGAAGUGAGCGGUUCAAACAUGCAAAUGAGAGACGGGAGCUCCCCCGCCCUCCCUCCUGCCCGGCUGAAGGUGUUCCCUUCUGUCUGCCUGCCCUAACCGCUAACCGCUAACCCCCGACCUCUUUCCCAUGUCGACCUGAACAUGGAGGCAGCGGAUACAGACAGUAGCGUCAACCUGAUCCGUCCCUCCAAACCCUACACACACACACCGCACACAUAGCCUACAUACACACGCAUCGACUGUUAAAAACCCACACGACGUGGUGUUCCCUCUUCUCACGAGUGGAAUUAGCCUUAUUCGAUGGCAGGAAGCCGGUUCAAAGCUUUCGUGUUCCAUGUCAGGGCAGUGCAGAGCAGACACACGUAGUAUGUCGUGCAUAGCAGCCACCCACCAAACCAAACUCCUGGGCGCUCCGCUCCACUCCACUCUCCUGUUGUACCUUUGGUGGCCAUGAUGAGUCAGCCCGUCAGCCACCUGCAGGGAGGAGGUUCCCAGUGCCCACUGCUGUUUUCCAGUCCUUAGCUUCCAAACAGCACUUCUCCUCCUACUCUGUCUAUCACGCUCUCUCUCUCUCUCUCUCUCUCUCUCUCUCUCUCUCUCUCUCUCUCUCUCUCUCUCUCUCUCUCUCUCUCUCUCUCUCGCUCUCUCUCUCUCGUGCUAUCAGUUGUGAAAAACAGGAGGGGGUUUUGAGAUUGAUGUCAGAAAGGCAGAAGAAUGAAAAACUGCGCCAGGUUGUCUCCACUGCAGGUUUUUGCUGCAGUUUUGUUGUUUUUUUGUAUGCUGUUUGACACUAGGUUCAAAACAAACACCUUUGUGAAGUGCCUCUGUAGCCAUUAAUGAACUUCCAGCUGAAAAAAUAAAAUAAACGCUCUCCAAAACUGAAAA